AGCAACGACAGAGAGUUUUAAUGGAUUUCAGGGUGAACUGCAGUCACUGUCAUUAAACACAAGGAAGUGCAGUAGUAUAAAUGACUGUUGCCUCUUGCUCAUAAUUAAAAUCAAGGUAUUGUCAUCACAGGAGAGAUUGCACUACCUCCUCAUCCGAAUGUCUCAUUUUAUUGAAGGACCCGAGUUUAUUUGCUUAAAAGGCAUCCCAAGCGGUCCGCAGCCCACCCUCAAUGUUUGACGUCAUCUAACCUUAUACAGUGUUUUCUCAGCUCGGCAAGAGGAGGGAUGUACUACUUGGAUCCAAGAGCCCUCAUCUCCUUCUUUUAUCUCCAGUGAAAAUGCCAAUUUCUCAAAUGUCAUUUCCCCCUUGUUACCCGCAUGUUACGCAGUUCCGGUCUCGCACAAGCAGGCGGGCCGCUGACUGAAGGAAGCCAUCGGCAGUGCAGACUGACUGUCUCUCUCUCUCUCCAUUUGGCAGCAGAAACAUAAGCGCCUGUCUCUUCUCUGUGCUGCGCGAACAGGGAAGACGUUAAGCAAGAGAGAAGUGUAAAUGCAAAUCACAUGUUUGUAACAUGGCUCGAUUAAAACCUGAGCCAUGUACACCCCCUGCCCCCCUAGCCCCCAAAACAAAAGAUGUUCAUCCAUACGGCCCAGACAGUUUGAAGUCAUUGUUCCUGAGAAAUCUUAAACCUGCAGAAAUCGAACACCACAGCGCGGAUGAAAUAGUGGCUUGGUUUUCAGAAGGACUCCAGGUUGCUUUAACACAGGCCUCAAACAUCCCUCUGAGCGUGGAGCUCUCUCUGCGGUGCGUCCAUUUAUCACGCGCUAUUUUGAAUUCAUUCAGAAAACUAGUCCCUUAGGCCUCUGGCGCUACUUGCAAGCCAAAAGACUCCACUUGCUACACCGCCUUUAGUUUUGCUGCAUUUGCACAAAUGAGAGUCUGUGUUGUUGUUUUUGCUUCUAAUGAGAUGCCAAGUGAUUUAUUUAUGAAUGACUUCUUUGGAACAUUGUGCUUUUUUUUUGUCCUCGCUGGAGUCAAGUCCCUCAGUGAUUGCUGGUGCAACUCUUUGUCAUCCAGAGUUUGCCCUCACCUGUGGGCCUCCUGGGAGGGCUAUAUCUGUCUUUGCACGUCCUCUGAUGUAUUGGAGGUGGGGCUGACUCAUUAGGCAGGUUUGAGCAUCCACUCCUAUAUUGCUGCAUGCCAAAUAGGAGCUCCCCUGCACACAAACCAAUGCAGGGAAGAAUUAUGCUGGUCAUAGAGCAAACAAAUCACUAUCAAUCUUUGCACCGGACCAGUCACGGCCUAUAAUGAGAUGCAGUUUCCCCAUUAGAACUAUCCAUCAGUUUGAAAAUGUUCAACAUCCACUUAAAGGCUUGACCUGCUCAAGACAUUCUAAAAGUGAGCUGGCUUUGUUGAUGUACUGUCCAGUUCUUGUGGAGAUGUAAUAAUUUUUAAAAAGCAGAGCUGGUCGUUCACAUUUUUAUUAGCCUCCAGUGCCUGGUGGCACAUUCCUAAUCUUUGAUUCGGAUUCUAACUGAAGAUGCGGUGGGGCGAAAACGUAUAUUUUUCCAUGCCCACGCAAAUAUGACGACGGAUCGUGUUGCUCAUGAAUAAACGGAUAAACGCGGGCUAUACGUUGAUGAUCACACCGUCUCCUUCGUUGGGUCACGACGCUCUCAGAAAUAUGCCACCAUGUUUGGUGGGUAAAACAACGGAAGAAAGGAGGAUUCGCGUGUGCGUGCUCUAUAUAAACUAUAGAAAAUAUAUACAGAGUCAGACAUGAUGGCGUGGGUGUGGUGUGCACGGAAUGCGCGCGAACAAAAAAAAAAAAGACAAGAUGCGCAGUGAGGGCGCACUAAUAGUCCCGCCUCGGGGCUGUUUCAACGCGAGUCGGAGGCGAGCAGUGAGCCAGCCAGCCGCUGGUCACAUGUUGCAGCGUCAUCAUCGUGUAGUAAAGUUGGUCGACUUCCACGCAGGCUCGGCUCCCCAUUCCAAGCUUCUCUUGUCUUGUCUUCAUCCCGACACCGGCUCGCUCCUCCUCCUUCUCCUACUCCUCCUCCUCGUCCUCCUCGUCCACCUCCCCCCUCCUCUUCCUCGGCUGCUGCUGCUGCGGCGGCGGCAUGCAGGCGACAACUCGGCUUUCACACACCAUCUCCACCGGAGCCGUCCAGCCAUGGGAGUGCAUGACCUCACCCAUGCAAUUUCCACCAUCAAUAAUUUAAUGUAUUUGCUCCAAACCUGAAGAGUUAUCCUGAAGCUUGUCAGGAGGGCACGGAGAGGAAAAGUAUCGCGAAAGUCUAAAUUACUCAAGGAGUUGGCCAGGGCAGCCCAGAUGACACUGUCCUGUUGAAUGGUCUGUUUUACGACUGGGCAGCACAAGUUCCACCAGGUUAGAAGAGUGAUGACCAUCCUGUUCCUUACUAUGGUUAUUUCAUACUUCAGUUGCAUGAGAGCUGCGCCCCUGAGAGACGCCCCAGGCAUGCAGGGCCAUCGGACGGAAGGCUACUUGGGCGCCGCCGCGGCCGCCACAGUCGCGAGAGGCCGGGGGAGUCCACAGAGCGGUGGCGGGCCAGGCCAGCGUGGGAUGCCUUCGCUCACAGACACCUUUGAGCAGGUGAUAGAGGAGCUGCUGGAAGUGGAUGGGGAGGCAGAGGCAGCACAGAUGGGACAGGGGGCAGAUCAGAGCCAGGGAGGCGGGGGUCUGGCUUCAGCCGUGGCCACAGAACGCAAGGAUGUCGACAUGUACGACUCGCGGGUUAUGAUCAGCAACCAAGUGCCUUUGGAGCCGCCCUUUCUCUUUCUCCUGGAGGAAUACAAAAACUAUCUGGAUGCUGCUAAUAUGUCCAUGAGAGUGCGACGACACUCUGACCCCUCGCGACGUGGAGAGCUCAGCGUUUGUGACAGUAUUAGCCAAUGGGUGACGGCGGUGGAUAAAAAGACGGCAAUCGACAUGUCGGGGCAGACGGUUACCGUCAUGGAAAAGGUUCCUGUCCCCAAUGGGCAACUGAAGCAAUACUUUUACGAGACCAAAUGCAACCCCAUGGGGUACACAAAGGACGGCUGCAGAGGAAUAGACAAGCGGCACUAUAACUCCCAAUGCAGGACAACCCAGUCCUACGUGCGAGCUCUCACCAUGGAUAACAAAAAGAAGAUUGGCUGGCGGUUUAUAAGAAUAGACACUUCCUGUGUAUGCACACUGACCAUUAAAAGAGGGAGAUAGUGUAUAAAAUGUAUAGAUUUUAUUGAAGAGUUUAAAAAAGAGAAUACAGAGAAAAUAUCUAUUUGUAUAUAUACAUAACAGGGUAAAUUAUUCCGUCAAAUGAACAUUUUAUGGACUGCAUGUAAAAAAAAAAAGGAUGAAGUUUAUACAGUAAAAGUGAUAUAACAGUCUAUUUAUUGAACAUAUUCAUGACCUUGUAAACGAUUAAAAAAAAUCUGAUCAGUCA